UUAAGAAGUGACGAGUCAAAGUUGCUGACUUUCUCCUGCAUUUAUCUCGAUCAAUCCGCAGAGGAAACCAAUUCAGAAAGUCAACGCUGUCCACCACUUCAAAAGCUUGAAGCUCUGAACCAUGACCUCGUUUGAGCUUUUCAGGGUUUAAGAGAAGUACUUGAUUGUUUGAAGUGGUAGGAGCUGAUGAUCUUUGUGAUUGUGGAAUCAUAGAACUUGACAGAAUAUGGGGAGUCCUACACGAUUGGGGAAUAUAAGAAAACCCAAAGAGAAAAUGAAGUUUGUGGCAACGGCUCUUGUGUCGAUUGUAUUUGGCUUCUUUAUAGGAGUGUCGUUUCCGACGAUUUCGUUGACUAAGAUGAAUCUCCCAUCCAGCCUUUUUCCUUCAAUUGAUCUCUCAUACAUAGAGGAGAAGUACUCGGGGUUCUCAACCCAAGCACUGGUCGAUGCCUGGUCUUCUUUGAAGGAGAACAAACAUGCCUCUGUAAAAUACAUCCCUAAUGAUGCAAAGAUCUGGGUUCCAACAAAUCCUCCAGGGGCAGAAAGACUACCCCCUGGCAUUGUAGAAUCUGAGUCAGAUUUUUAUCUUCGUCGAUUGUGGGGUCUGCCCAGUGAGGACUUAACCAUCAAGCCAAAGUAUCUUGUUACCUUUACUGUAGGGUAUGCUCAGAAAAAGAAUAUAAAUGCAGCUGUUAAAAAGUUCUCAGAGAACUUCACAAUUGUUUUAUUUCACUAUGAUGGUCGAACAAGUGAAUGGGACGAGUUUGAGUGGUCAAAGCGGGCUAUCCAUGUGAGCAUUCAGAAGCAAACUAAAUGGUGGUACGCCAAGCGUUUUUUGCAUCCUGACAUUGUGGCAUCAUAUGAAUACAUAUUUAUUUGGGAUGAAGAUCUCGGUGUGGAGCACUUCAACGCAGAGGAAUACAUAAAAUUAGUAAGGAAACAUGGGUUGGAAAUAUCACAGCCCGGUUUAGAACCAAAUAAUGGGCUAACAUGGCAGAUGACAAAGCGGAGAGGUGAUAGUCAAGUUCACAUGCAGACAGAGGAGAAACCUGGUUGGUGUAACGACCCGCAUUUGCCACCCUGUGCAGCGUUUGUAGAAAUUAUGGCCCCUGUGUUUUCUCGGGAUGCAUGGCGUUGUGUUUGGCAUAUGAUUCAGAAUGAUCUGGUCCAUGGUUGGGGUCUGGAUUUUGCGCUUAGACGCUGUGUAGAGCCUGCACAUGAGAAAAUAGGAGUCGUCGAUGCACAGUGGAUUGUCCAUCAAAGUGUUCCUUCACUUGGGAACCAGGGGCAAGCAGAGAGUGGGAGAGCGCCAUGGGAAGGGGUGAGGGAGAGGUGCAGAAGAGAAUGGACUAUGUUUCAAGCACGAAUGGCUGGUGCAGAGAAAGCAUAUUUUGAGGAAAUGGGAAUUGAUACCCCAAAUUCAAAGCACGUUAGGGCCUAGGGGAUAGUCGCCAAAACUGGCCAGAAGGAACUUGUACCACUCAAGGAGUCAAGUCUAGUUGCGCCGUUACAUAUACAGUAACUGUUUCUUUCUCUUGUUCUCCCCUUCUUUCUCUGGCUGUCAUUUUCAUGUGUUACACUUGGGAUAGUCGCAUGUAGUAUUAAUAGAACUAGAAUCUUAUCACUGGAAACAACACUUCGGUUAGAAAGACAAUGUAUUCUAUUACGAUAUCUAACAUGAAUGAUAUUCAUCUUGUGUU